AUGAGCCAAGUGUUUGAAAUGGAUGCAAAAGAAGAUGGGGAAGGACAUGAAGAGGGUGGUUCUUCGUCCCCCAUUGCGGUUUUGCAGGAAAUGUCUGAAGAGGCAUUAAGAGUGGCAGGAGAACCCCUCAACUCUCCGAAUAUGCCGCCAUUGGCACCAGGGCAUAGGCGGGCUCAAAGUGAAGUUUUGACCACCAGACACAAGCGCAGCAAUAGCUUUCAGAAAUUGAAAAACCAGAUGCAGAAGGCUUGGAGAUGGGGGACUAAUCAAGAUGACUCCCGGAUGAAUUUUAAUCCUGAGGUUUUGUUAAAUCAAAAACGCCAGUGGUAUCGCCUUCACUCCAAAUCAAAGGGUCAUGUAAAUUAUCAGGAGCCAACUUCACUCUUUGAGCAUUUUAUAAUUGCGGGACUUCAUCCAGAUACUAAUCUUCAAAUUGCCGAGGCAGCAUUCAUUAAAAGAAAGAAAUGGGAGACAGACAUGAUAAGCUAUGGAAUCACUGACCUUAAAUUACUGCAGCAAAAGGGACCUCCAAUCCCAACAUUAGAACCUCAGGUACUGUUUAAAUAUCCUCCGGGGAAGAGGCUAGCGAUGCGUUUGAAAGAUUUAGCUUCCUUUUGUUUUCCUGGAGGGGUUAAGGCACGAUUAAUGGAGAAGACUCCAUCACUAAGUGACCUUAAUCAAAUUGUUUAUGGACAGGAGCAUUUAGGCAAAGAUGAUUUAGCAUUUAUCUUUUCACUCAAGGUAGCCGACAAUGCAACACUUUAUGGUGUUUGCCUACAUGUGUCAGAAAUAGUUCAAAGGCCUCCUGCUAUUUUAGGCAUCACAUCACCUCUUCCUCAUUCAUCUGGGGGACUCUUCCGUUUUUUGGUUUCUGCACCUCGGUGCUACUGUGUGUUAUCCAAAUAUCCCUUUUUUGAGUUACAUUAUGAGAUGUUGAACAGUAUCAUUCAACAGGAGCGCCUGAAUCGAAUAACACAAUUUGUCACAGGAAUGAGCCUCAUUGAAUCCGUUUCUUCAUUCCCAAAAAUAGAUGAUGAAAGUAAUCACAACGAUGACUCCCCUGAGACAGAGCCUUGUGAUUAUUGGAUGAACUCUGCAAUUCCUAUACACAGUGCAGUAGCUCUUACAGCUGUUGCUGCAGGAAUUAUACCUGAUGAUGAGACUCCAACUUCUUCACUCAAGAUAUGGGAACCUCAGUCCCCGGAAAGUGCUACUGCUAGUGAUGUUCCAGAUUUUAUUCAAAUACUUCAGAUAGAAUAUUUGGAAGUUAUACAAAUGGCCAUACUUCACGGGGAAGUCUUGGGAGUUCUGAAUCUCUAUUUAGGUGGAAUGGUCAUACUUCUCCAGAAGUUGGGGCAUCUUUUUUGUCCAGGAACCACACAUUGGAGCGUUUUGGUAGUUCUGAAUCUUUAUUCAGCUAGAAGCAUGUCAGAGGAUGACGAUGAUGACCUUUCCUCAACUUGUGAGAAAGAGUUUAGCGAUGACUUGAUAAUGGCAUGGGCUAGGGAGAAUAAAAACGAUUUGCUACAGAUUGUAUGUGGUUUUCAUUCAUUGCCUCUUCCCGAACGAGGAAGUGAUUUAGCUUUUCAACCUCUUGAACAUCUACAGGCUAUCCAGUAUAAGCGGCCUUCAAUUGCUGCCCUUGGUUUUGAUGAAAAAAGUUUAGAAUCAUCUGAAGAUCCUGGGGUUGAUGCAAAGUUAGCCGCUGCUGAGGAAGCACUUUCACUAUCAUUGUGGACAACUGCCACAAUCUGCCGAGUUCUCUCUGUUGAAAGUAUUUUGGCAUUGCUUGCGGGAGUAUUACUGGAAAAGCAAGUGAUAGUAGUGUGCCCAAAUCUGGGUGUUCUAUCAGCAACAGUAUUAUCUCUCAUACCCAUGAUUCGUCCAUUUCAAUGGCAGAGUUUAAUGCUUCCUGUUCUACCAGGAAAAAUGCUGGAUUUUCUUGAUGCCCCAGUUCCCUUCAUUAUUGGAAUAGAGCAAGUUCCUGCAGACCUAAAGAAGAAAACAUCAGAUCCUGUUGUAAUUAAUGUGGUCAAGGACCAGGUUAAACUAUCUCAUCACCUGCCAGCACUGCCACGAUAUAAAGAACUUGCCCUUGAACUUGUCCCUUUCCAUUCCAAACUGUCAAUGGAAGGUUCAUUUGCUAGAAAGCAUCCUGUAUAUAGAUGCACCGAAGUGCAGGCUGAAGCUGCAGUUCAGUUUUUGAAAGUCAUCAGGAACUACAUUGAGUCGCUUUGUUCCGAGCUAAGUUUUUACACAAUUACAAGUGUACAAUCAAACAAUGACAGGGUUUCGAUACUUCUCAAAGAUAGCUUCAUUGAUUCCUUUCCUAGUAAGGACCGGUCAUUUAUGAAGUUGUUGGUAGACACACAAAUGUUCUCAGUUCUAUCCGACUCUCGUUUGUCAAGCUUAGAGAAUGGAAAUCCUUAAGUUAAAUUAAGACCAUCAUAUCCAAACCUGUUGCAACUGAAUGCACCAUUUUAAGAUUUCAAGUUGCAAUUCAAUUAAUCAUCUCAGGCCUAAUGACUUCUGCCACUGUCAGCCAUGGCGAUUGGAGGACGUAAUGAUGAAUCGUGAGGACAAGUGAAAGGGUGAAGGCUUUUAUCUCUGGAGUUCAUAACCUCUCAACUUCUCAAGGAACUUCUGUCAACCCAACGAUUUGACACCCACCCACUCUUGCCAUCUGCCAAACCUUUAUUUGCCACAAUGU